UAUCUCUCUCUCUCUCUCUCUCUCUCUCUCUCUCUCUCUGAUUACUUGUCGGGUCGGGUGUGAUCUGACACGAGUUCGGGUGCCCCAAGAUACUGGAGUUUGAUUUCUUCGUCAGAGUCCAAUCAUGUCCGGUCAAAACUCAACAACCGGACUCUGCUUUAACUCCAUCACCGGACAUCAACCAAACGGCUACUUUCGCCUUCAAAUGAAUUGAAAAGCCCUUCUCUGCAGUUCGUCCGGUUUUUAAGCUCUUUUUUUUUUUCCUUCUUUUUUAAGGCGGAAAUGAACAAGAUGCAAUCAGAGUAUGAUAUUAAUGAGCUGUAUAAAGAAGCUCAGUCCCGUUGGCUGAAGCCCGCAGAAGUGUUCUUCAUUUUACGAAAUCAUGAGAAGUACAAGCUCACCCAGGAGCCGCCUAAACGACCAACGAGUGGAUCGUUGUUUCUAUUUAACAAGAGGGUUCUUCGGUUCUUUCGUAAAGACGGUCAUAAUUGGCGUAAGAAGAAGGAUGGGAGGACUGUUGGGGAAGCGCAUGAACGACUUAAGGUUGGAAAUGUCGAAACGUUGAACUGUUACUAUGCACAUGGAGAAGAGAAUCAUUGUUUUCAGAGACGUAGCUAUUGGAUGCUGGAUCCGGCAUCUGAGCACAUUGUUCUUGUACAUUACAGAGACAUAACUGAGGGUAAUUCCAGUUCUGGAUCUGGUGCCCAAUUAUCACCAGGAUCUUUUUCAUCUAUCAACCAGAGUCCUAGCCCGAGUAACCCUCAAAAUGCAGGCUCUCUCUCCAUUAGUGAUUAUCAGAAUUUAACCAGUCCAGGGUCAAUAGAAGUUAGUUCUGAUCCACUAAUCCAAAUAAAUGGCAAGGAUCACAAUGGCAGUAUAGAUGGGACAAGAGAGUCAGGUAGUUCUGCAAAACAUGAAGUUAGUCAAGCUCUGCGAAAGCUCGAGGAGCAAUUAAAUCUAAAUGACGACACCUUCAAAGAAUGUGGUCCACCUUGUAGUCAGGUUGAAGAUCCAAAUCUUUCUAAUCUCCUGGAUUAUAAACAGGUGAUGUUAAAUCAAGAUCAGUUUGUAGAUUUUCGUGGAACAGAAGAUAGUUUACGUGAUCAAUGUUAUUCUGGACAUGCUGGGAUGCAAGGUUGCAUCGAUGAAGAUCAUCAUCAAUUCUUCGGACAAGAAUAUACAUAUGAGAGGAAAGAAUCUUUAUCCUGGAAAGAUGUUCUGAAUUCUUGCACCACUUCAGGUGUUGAGUGCCAGCAGAAUCAUUUAUCAUCAAGUAGAAAUGAGCCAGGAUCUACAGGAAAUGCACCAAGAGAAGAUCUGGAACACCAUCAAUGGCAAAAUUCCAAUGGAAGCAGUGUUGAUAAUGCUUCUCUGUUGAUGUGUCAAGGAUUUGACGGUUUUAAAUUUUCUACAUAUCCUUCAACUUCACAAAUUUAUGGAACCAAUUCAGACUAUUAUGCAAUGUUGUUUGAUCAAGGUCAAAUUGCACCGCUUGAAUUGGAUAUGAAUUUGACUGUUGCACAAAAGCAGAAAUUUAGAAUUCAGGAAAUAUCCCCAGAAUGGGGUUAUGCCACUGAAACCACAAAGAUCAUCAUUGUUGGGUCAUUUCUUUGCAAUUCACCAGAAUCUGCAUGGAAUUGUAUGUUCGGUGACAUUGAAGUUCCUGUUCAAAUCAUUCAAGAAGGGGUAAUUUGUUGUGAAGCGCCUCCUCACCCUCCUGGAAAGGUUACUCUAUGCAUAACUUCUGGAAAUCGAGAAUCUUGCAGUGAGGUCAGAGAGUUUGAGUAUCGUGUUAAGACUAGAAAUUCUAUUGAAGGAGAUUUAUCUUCUCUAGAAUCAACUAGGAGUCGGGAAGAGCUCUUAUUACUUGUAAGAUUCAUUCGGAUGCUGUUGUCAGAUUUGUCAAUGCAAAAAAGAGGUGUCAUAGAUCCAGACGCCCCAAAUAAAUUCAAAGCUGACGAUGAACCAUGGGAUAGUGUCAUAGAGUCCCUUUUACUUGGUAGUGGAACUUCAUCAAGUACUAUUAAUUGGCUUCUUGAAGAGCUUCUGAAAGAAAAAUUACAGCAGUGGUUAUCUUCUAAAUCCCAGGACCAGCGCAAUCAGACAGGAUGUUCAUUGUCCAAGAAAGAGCAAGGGAUAAUUCACAUGGUUGCUGGUCUGGGCUUUGAAUGGGCCUUAAACCCUAUACUUAGUUCUGGAGUGAGUAUAAAUUUUCGCGACAUUACUGGAUGGACUGCUUUACACUGGGCGGCUCACUUUGGAAGGGAAAAAAUGGUUGCUGCACUUAUAGCUUCUGGUGCAUUUGCUGGAGCUGUGACGGAUCCCAAUUCACGAGAUCCAACGGGUAUAACAGCAGCCUCUGUUGCGGCCACCCAUGGGCAUAAGGGACUUGCCGGUUAUCUUUCAGAGAUGGCAUUAACCAGCCACUUGUCAUCCCUUACCUUGGAAGAAAGUGAGCUUUCCAGAGGUUCCGCUGAGGUUGAAGCAGAGAAUACCGUAAAUAUCGUAUCGAAGCAAAACCUCAUCACAAAUGAGGAUCAGCUUUCACUUAAACAUACCUUGGCUGCAGUCCGCAAUGCAGCUCAGGCCGCAGCACGUAUACAAUCUGCUUUCAGGGCACAUUCUUUUAGGAAACGACAACUGUUGGAAGCUGCCGAUUCUGUGGAUGAAUAUGGAAUGAGUUCUGAGGAUAUUCAAGAGCUCUCAGCGAUGGCAAAACUGAACUUUAGAAACCCACGUGAUUACAAUUCAGCUGCAUUAUCUAUCCAGAAGAAAUAUCGGGGGUGGAAAGGCCGCAAGGAUUUUCUCGCAUUCCGCCAGAAAGUUGUCCAGAUACAGGCUUGUGUGAGAGGUUAUCAAGUUAGGAAGCAUUACAAGGUGAUCUGUUGGGCGGUUGGGGUUUUAGAAAAAGUGGUACUACGGUGGCGAAGGAGAGGAUCUGGUCUGCGUGGUUUUCGACCCGAGACAGAGCCUAUUGAUGAAAGUGAAGAUGAAGAUAUUCUCAAGGUGUUCCGCAAGGAAAAAGUUGAUGGAGCAAUUAAUCAGGCUAUCUCACGGGUACUGUCUAUGGUUAAGUCCUCAGAGGCACGUCAGCAAUAUCAUCGCGUGCUCGAGAAGUAUGGCGAAGUUAAGGCUGAACUUGGCGAAACCAGCGAUGAAGCAGAGUUAUCGACCGAUCUUGAUGAUAUUUUCGGGGUCGAAGAUAUCAAUCUGUAUCAAUUCCCAUAGUACCAACCUCUAAUCAACCUAAGUUGUCUGAAAUUUACAGGCCAAAAGUAACCUUGGUAGAUCUAGACAUUCGUUAUGUACAGAGUAGAAUGGGCAGCUCUGGUGAUUUGGGUUGAUGGAUUGGUUUCCUUUAUAUUGGUGCUGUAAAUGCUUCUUCCUAAUAAUUGCAGGUGGACGGAUUUUUAUGGUAGUGUUGAGUGUGCUUGUAAUCAUCUGAUUGUUUCUUCAAAGUAGCAGGCACUCUUAUGUUAAUACGGUUCAAUAUCAUACGCAAAGGAAAGGGUUUAAAGUGAAGAAAAGUUUUGUGUAGGGAACAUUGUAGGAUUGAGAACGUCAUGUUAUGUUUGAAAUUUAGUGGAAACCUAUCAUUACAUGGAGAGUUUUGUCCCCCUCUUCCUUACUAUAGAAUUUAAUUUUUCAGAUCAAUGCAUUUUAUUCUAAUAUGACAAAUACAGGUGCUAGAACAAAAU